AUGUCUUUCUUCCCUCUCCUUCGCCUGAGAAUUGGGAUCUCCUCCGGCGAGCCAUCAUCGUUCUCUCUCUCUCUUCUUUCAUUGAAUCCAAAUUCUAAACUACAUUGAUUGAUCUGUAGAAUUUGAGUUCAAAAUGUGGAUGCAUAGACCGCCGACUGAAUCAUGGGACUGCAUGCUCCCGGGCCCACCGUCCCGCAACAAUGGAGGAUCCGCCGACCUCUCCACCGCCGGCCUCCUCGCUUACGCAGCCGGCAGCUCCAUUUCCGUCGUCGAAACUCACUCCAUGCAGCUCAUCGCCACUAUUCCCCUUCCCCCGGCUUUGUCCACCUCCGCCGCCGCAUCCACGGCUCUCUCCCUCACCUUCUCUUCUCCCCCGAGACCACCAACCACCACCUCCUCAUCGCCGUCGGCGACCGCCAAGGAAGAAUAUGUCUCAUCGAUCAGGACCUUUGUUGGAUACAAACCGCAUCCGACUCGUGGAUCAUCGCUGCGAUAUCCGGACCUUAUCUUCUCAGCCUGUUCAACACUUACACUGGGCGUUGCUUCUUCAAAUACGACGCUUCUCCGGAGUACUUAUCCUGCCUUCGUCGCGAUCCCUUCGACUCUCGGCGUUUCUGCACCCUAGGGCUUAAAGGGUUCCUGCUCUCUGUCAAAGCACUGGGGGAUUCUGAUAAUGACAUUGCACUUAAAGAAUUGCAUAUACGUACGGACACCUCGGAAUUGCAGAGGCUAGAGAGGGAUUCAACUGCUGCUGCUACCGGAGCUCCGGCAUUGGCCACAUUUCCCAAGUACGUAGUGCGAUUCGCUUUUUCACCUCACUGGAAGCAUAUACUCUUUGUGGCGUUUCCGAGGGAGCUGGUGGUGUUUGAUUUGUUGUAUGAGACGGCGUUAUUCUCUACUGGGUUGCCAAGAGGUUGUGGAAAGUUCCUGGAAGUGUUACCGGAUACAAAUAUUGAGGUUCUGUACUGUGCUCAUCUUGAUGGGAAGUUCAGUACUUGGCGGCGAAAAGAAGGAGAACAGGUACACAUGAUGUGUGCCAUGGAAGAACUGAUACCCUCAAUUGGUACAUCUGUCCCCUCUCCCUCAGUUCUCGCAGUCGUUAUCUCCCACUCAGAUUCUACUAUUCAGAAUAUCAGCAAGCUUUAUUCAGAUGGGCACCCUUCACUUUAUGCGGAUCCAGAUAAUCCUUAUGAUUCUUGUGAUGAAUCUCUUGUGAUUUCUAAAACACCUUUAAUCUCCAUUUCUGAUGAUGGGAUAUUAUGGAAAUGGCUCCUGACUGCCGAAGGAUCAGGAGAUGAGCAAAAGAAUGCAAAAAGGCUCUGCACUGUAGCAGAUAUUGGUAAAACUCUGGGAAAUCGUCAGAAGGAUUUUGUACCUUCCAAGAGUGCUGAGAUUAAUAUGUACACACAGCCAAAUGAUGUGAAUAGCAGCAGGAGCUGUCUGUUAAAUGCUGCUAAAAAUGAUGAAGUGUCAUUUAAGAUAAUGCUAGUUGGACAGCUUCAUCUUCUUUCUUCAGCAGUGACUAUGCUUGCUGUACCAUCCCCCUCACUGACAGCUACAUUGGCACGUGGGGGAAACUCUCCUGCUGUAGCAGUUCCAUUAGUUGCUUUGGGAACUCAAAGUGGUACCAUUGAUGUCAUAGAUGUCUCUGCCAAUGCUGUUGCUGCUAGUUUCUCUGUCCAUAGCACUGUUGUUAGGGGAUUGCGGUGGCUUGGUAAUUCAAGAUUGGUGUCAUUCUCUUAUACACAGGGAAAUGAGAAACCUGUGGGCUACAUCAAUAGGCUUGUUGUGACUUGUCUUAGAAGUGGAAUCAAUAGGUCAUUUCGAAUUCUACAGAAGCCAGAGCGAGCACCUAUAAGAGCUUUAAGGUCCUCAUCUUCAGGAAGGUACCUUCUAAUCUUGUUUCGCGAUGCGCCAGUAGAAGUUUGGGCUAUGACUAAGACUCCAAUAAUGCUUAGAUCUUUAGCUCUGCCUUUCACUGUAUUAGAAUGGACUCUUCCAACAGUUCCCCUUUCAUCAUCAAACGAGCCUUCAACCAUGCCAGAUGAGACGCCUUCCCCAGAGACAUCUUUGCCAAAUGCAUCUACCAAAGAUACUAGAACUGGGACUGAUGGAUCUCAGGAUGAGUUUUCAGAAAGUUUUGCUUUUGCAUUGGUAAAUGGGGCUCUUGGAGUUUUUGAGGUUCAUGGACGAAGGAUCCGAGACUUCAGACCGAAGUGGCCUUCUUCAUCAUUUAUUACAUCUGACGGACUGGUAACAGCUAUGGCCUAUCGUCUGCCUCAUGUGGUUAUGGGGGACAGGUCAGGGAAUGUACGUUGGUGGGAUGUAAAUACUGGCCAGUCAUCCUCACUUAACACCCAUAGGGAAGGGGUACGGAGAAUUAAGUUUGCUCCAGUUGUUGCUGGAGAUGAUAGCCUGGGGCGCAUUGCUGUUCUAUUUUAUGAUAACACAUUUUCUGUAUUUGAUUUGGAUUCAACAGAUCCAUUAGCCAAUUCACUUUUGCAACCUCAAUAUCCUGGAACUCUAGUCUUGGAGCUUGAUUGGUUACCUGUACGGAAUGAUAAGAAUGAUCCACUUGUAUUAUGCAUUGCUGGAGCUGAUAGCAGCUUUCGCCUUGUUGAAGUUAAUAUAAAUAAAAAAGUGCCGUAUCUCCAGAAUAGUCCAUCAUCAAAAGAGAGGUUCCGACCAGUGCCUUUAUGUUCUCCUAUAUUAUUACCUACAGCACAUGCCAUUGCUUUGCGGACAAUCAUACAGCUGGGUGUAAAGCCAUCAUGGUUCAAUAUAUUUUCUACAACCAUGGGGUAUGGACAUCAUGAAAUUCCUGGGACUCCCUCAUCAACUAGUGAUCUUCGUGGUUACAUGCUUGAUCCACCAGAUAUUGGUGAUUCUGUCGUACCUGAGAUGCUCCUUAAAGUAUUGGAGCCUUACCGUAGAGAAGGCUGCAUAAUUGAUGAUGAGAGGGUGAAACUCUAUGCUGGUAUUGUCAAUAGAGGUUGUGCAUUGAGAUUUGCCUUUGCUGCUGCAAUAUUUGGUGAACCAAUGGAAGCUAUUUUCUGGCUGCAAUUGCCUCAAGCCCUAACUCAUCGGAUGAAUGAGUUGAUUAACAAGUCCGUAAUAAAAGUUCCUCCAUCCACACCGAUUUCAGAGUUUGACGAGGCAUCUAUGCUGAAUAGGAUAUCAUCAAAGGGAAAAGUAGCUCCUGGAUCAGGGACGCUGAGUAACAGUCAACUUGGUUUGAUGGCUUUCAAACAAGAAGAGUUGUGGAAACGUGCUAAUGAGCGUAUCCCUUGGCAUGAGAAACUGGACGGUGAAGAGGCUAGUCAAAACCGUGUACACGAACUCAUAUCCGUUGGAAACUUAGAAGGUGCUGUUAGUUUACUGCUUUCUACACCUCCAGAGAGUUCUUAUUUCUAUGCAAAUGCGUUGCGUGCUGUUGCUCUUUCAUCUGCAGUGUCAACAUCUUUACUUGAACUAGCAGUCAAGGUUGUUGCAGCAAAUAUGGUUAGGACAGACAGGUCAUUAUCUGGCACACAUCUACUCUGUGCUGUUGGGAGGUUUCAAGAAGCUUGUUCUCAGCUACAAGAUGCUGGAUGCUGGACAGAUGCUGCAACAUUAGCUGCCUCACAUUUAAAAGGAUCUGAUUAUGCACGGGUUUUGCACAGGUGGGCUGAGAAUGUGCUGCAUUCUGAACAUAACAUUUGGAGGGCACUGAUCUUGUAUGUUGCGGCUGGUGCAUUGCAAGAGGCAUUGGCAGCACUGCGUGAGGCACAGCCAGACACGGCUGCAAUGUUCAUUCUUGCUUGCCGGGAAAUACAUGCUGAGUUCCUGUCCAGCCCGGAACUGGAUGAUGAAUCAAGAUUAUCAGUGCAGGAUAAGCUGAUGAAUCUGGGAGUGUUGAACCCAGAAAAUGAAGAUGUGAUUGCAGUGGUUGAUUACUACGGGCAAUACCAAAGAAAAUUGGUCCAUCUCUGCAUGGACACGCACCCUUUCCAUGACUAAAACUUCAAAGGUUAGUAGAUUAUGUUUGUUACGAAAUUCAUAUACGGCUUUAGAUGGUGGUUGAACCAUGAUGUGAAAGUAGGGAAUAUAGGCCAUUUUUUCAUAUCCAAAUUAGGUGUUCAUUGGUAUUUUUUUUUAUGUUUUUGUAAUUCAUCCAUGUUUACGAUUUUAU